CCCGUCUAUCAUUCCCCCGCCCCAGGGCCCACUCGGCUACUGUUAUCUGCCGAGGCCAGCUGACACUCUGAUCGACUCGAUUGGGUAGAUGCGGCUUAUCCUGCAUAUCUAGGUCUUUGAUACUGGGGUCGAUAGCGCAAUCAUUUGAUAAUGACUCGAGAUAUUCCAGACUAUCGCUGAGAUCAUGAUCAAAUCCUGAUAGCGGGAAACUCAACGUUUCCCGAAAAUGCGGGGGUGGAAACGAGACAGCUGACGUCAAACUUUCCGGGUGAUGACCCUCAGCCAAUCUGUCUAUUCUCCUAUCGCAAGCAUCAUCAUAUCGCGCGGGGGUGGUGUUAUCAGCCGAGGCUACGGCCGUAGUGAUCGUCUCGGAUGGAGGAGUGAAGAGUUGCCGUGAUAGUUCGUAAUGUGGAUGGCGAAAGAGAUAUAUGGACUGCCGUCUCUGGCAGCCGGGAUGCGAGGUAGACAGUACCAAUCAAGAAUCCAGCAUGGCCAUCCAGCGAGCGCAACCAACAGUAGAGGAGCUGAAGGCGGCUGUUGAUGCUACACUGGCAUCAUUGCAAGCGCCUCUCCGUGAACUCAAUCACACAAUUUGGUCUCAUCCAGAAACAGCAUAUGAAGAACAUCAAGCGCAUGAUGUCAUCUGCGAUUUUCUUGAGAAGCAGGGUUUCACUGUCACUCGCCAUGCUUACGGAUUAGAUACCUCAUUUGAGGCGGUCAGCGGAUCCGGAGGACGACUGAUCAACUUCAACGCCGAAUAUGAUGCACUCCCCGGCAUCGGUCAUGCCUGUGGUCACAAUCUAAUCACUACCAGUAGUGUUGCUGCGUUUCUCGCCCUUUCCGCUGUGUUGAAGCAGUAUGGCAUUCCCGGACGGGCCCAGUUGUUGGGUACGCCAGCGGAGGAAAAUGGCGGAGGAAAGGCCAAAUUGAUCGACGCAGGAGCUUAUAAAAGUGUGGAUGUGUCUCUUAUGGCGUAUGAGAGCCCUUGCUAUCUCUCCAGACCUCCUUCCGCUAACUUCUCCAGUCAUGCAGGUCCCCGAGAACUCUUCCCGGGCGUUGUGUCGGACGGUGUUGCAGGGGUUCGGAUGAACGCGCGCAAAGAGAUUCAUUGCACCUUUCGUGGCAAGAGCGCCCAUGCGGGCGGUAAUCCCUGGGAUGGCUUGAACGCACUAGAUGCCCUGGUGGUCUCAUACAACAAUGUCGCUGUUUUGCGUCAACAGAUGUACCCUGACGAGCGGGUACAUGUGGCAUUCUUGGACACGCCCAAGGUGGCGAAUGUGAUUCCGGCCUUGACCAAAGCAUACUGGCAGGUUCGAAGCCCGACGCUGAAAGGGUUGAAUGUCUUGAUGGGUAAAGUGAGAACUUGUAUCGAGGCUGGGGCGAUGGCUACCGGAUGUGACGUGGAGAUUCUGGAAAAUGAGCUCUACACGGAUAUCAAGAUCAACGACACCCUGUGCGACCGAUACCAGCUGCACAUGAGCCGCUUCGGACGAAAUGUACUGGCACAGCAUGAGAAGGUCUUGACGGGGUCGUCGGAUAUCGGGAAUGUCAGUUAUCUGGUGCCAACACUUCACACGAUGUUUGGGAUUACAGAUGAGAAAGGCUCGUUCCCUCAUCACCCCAGCUUUGCCGCCGCCGCAGGAACGGACACAGCUCACGAAGAGGCGGUGAUUGUGGGUAAAGAUGGUGGGGGAUUGAGGAUCCUGUCACUGCGGGAGUUGGAUCCUUGGGUUCUUCUGUGGCAGGGGGAGAAUGGGUGA